AUGAAGCCGGUGUUGGUGAGGCAGACUGGUGUGAUUGGAAUCUGGGUGGGGGACCGUGCCAAUGUCCGGCCAGUCCCCAGCGACGGGCCGAAAAUCAUCCAGGCGCCUAGGGCGCCCAGUAGCCGUACAGGGCAGGAGAGGCCCACAGCCACCACCCCCAGGAUAGCAACGCAUCCAUCCCGCAGGGGGCCAGUCGGAGGAAUGCGGGGGGGAAGCCCCCCCCACCCAGAGUCGACCCGAGGGAGCCGAUGGCGACAAGACCACGGACAGAGGCCGAACCAUCCCACACCCAGGCAGGCCGCAGAGGCCCAGGGUCCCCACACCCAGAGCCCACCAGCGCCCAAGGGCAGGGCCAGCCCACCACCGGGGGGAGCAGAGCCCCCCCCAGACCGCCCACCGGGGAGGCACGGUCAGAUACCCACCACAGCCACCCCCACUGCCCCCCAGAAGCCAACUGCACGCCCCCCAGCCCAGGGAGGGACAGGCGGAGGCCCACGUAGGGCCACCAGCCAAGGGGGCCCCCAGAGACGGAAGAGAGGCAGACUCCCGAGCCGGUCCAGACCCCCCAGAGGGGUCCCCCAACAUCCUGGAGCAUCUGCGCCAGCCGACGACCCCCGCCAGGAGCGCACCCACGACCACCACCCCCCACCCCAGCCCACCGGCCACCACGGCAUUACCAACGGCAGCAAUCUCCAGACCCCGGCCCCGCCCACAGCCCAGGAACAGUCCAGACGAGGGGGGGAUCACCCCAACCUCCACGGGCCCCCCAGGCCAAGGCCCUCCACCACGACCCCCGUAGGGCAGACCCACAGCCACCGAGGGACGGUAGACCCAGGGCCACCAACCCACACAGACCACCAGACAUCCCCAGCACCCCAGAUGCACGGCCCGCAGCACCACAGACCUACCAGGGAAGACACAGUCACCAACCCGCCCUAG